AAAAAAAAAGAGUAAAUGAUGGAGAAAAAGGUGAAAUAUUUGGGACAUAUUUUGACUGAAGGUUUUUGGUGUGUUGACCCAGAGACGGUCCAGAGAAUCUCAGAAUUAAUGCUACCCAGGACUAAAAAGGAGCUGUGACAAUUCUGAGGAUUAACAGGGAAUUGCAGGACCUGGAUUGAGGAUUCUCUGUUCCAGCCAGAACAUUGUAUGACUUUGUAACCCCAGACAGCCCCAAUGUUAUGGGAUGGACACGAGAAAGAGAACAAAACUUGAGAAAAUGACAAAACACAAUGAUUGAUGCCCCAGCCAAGGCUCUCCCAGACUCACAAAAGGAAUUGGAAUUGUGUGUGAAUGUUCAACAGGCCGGGACUGAGCCCGCACUGAAGGCAAGGGAGCAGCAGCCAGGGCUCCACAGCAGGGGAAGCCCCUGGGCCUGCCCACACAUCCUCUGCUGGAAUGCUCUGCCUGGGCACCCUCCUUGGGCACCUCCUGCCACUGGGGACAAUCCUUGCUGCCACUGCUGCAGCUUCAGUGCUUGCUGUGCCUGCACUGCCACAGGGCUGGGGAAGACAACGGGACAAUUCCACUCUGGGGCUCAGCCACACUCACACACUGGCUGCGCUGGGGCCGCCUCCGAGCUCCGCCGCCGCCUCACCGGGCUCCGGCCGCUGCCGCCGCUCCCGGGCCCGCACACGCGCUCCGCCAAUGGCGCCUCUGCUGCCACACGGCCCACCGGGGGGCGGGCCCGGCCCCGCGCUUCUCCCCGCUCUGCCCAAUCAGCGCCGCACAACCACGACUGACGCCACAAUCAGCCAAUCGCACACAGCCAGCCCCGGGCUCUGCACACGGCCCAGCCUCGGCCCGCGCUCUCCGCGCCCCCCGGGCUGUGUGAGGGGAAAGGCGGAGAUGAGGAACAGCCCUGGCACGGGCCCGGGCCCGAGGCGGCAUCGAGCUGCAAACACCAACAAAGUUCUCCGCACCUCCCGGCCCGCCUUUCCCAGCGCUGCGUGUUCGCUGCCACCGGCUCCGAGCAAAGCUGUCAGUUCUCCUAGCCCUAAUUCGGAGCAUCAGUGCAUGGCUUUGAUUUCCCCCAAAAAGAGAAAGAUGAAACCAAACCCAAGUGAGGUCUGGCCCCCCACCUACCCGGGGGGUUCGGCCUCUCCCCUUUUCACCCCCCGGGAACAGCUCUGGGACUGGGGGGGUCGAGUGGGACUGGGGGGGCACAGGGGGUCCCCAGCACCGGGGGGUCCUUUGGGGCUCGGUUCUUUCCCCCUCCCCACCCCCGUUAUCAGCCAGGACCCGCCGUUAUCACAAUGGACUCUCUCACACCUCAAUGUACCGGGCCUGCCCCAUGCACCGAGAUCUCCCCAUUCACUGCUCCCCCCUUCACCAACCCCCCCAAAGCGCUGCAUCGCAAAAACUCCCAAAUUCCAGAUCUCAAAUACAGCUUGA